AUGGCCAAACUCGAUUCCCAAGUCGCCCAUAUCCUCGAUACCGGUAAUUCUGACGACGAAGAUGCCCUCAUCGCCUCCCUCGAAGACUCCCCCGCGCUGGACGCCUUUCGCGAGCAGCGCAUCCAACAGCUCCACGCCGAGUUCACGCGCGCGAAGCAGCAGAAGAAUGAGGGUUUUGGGCACUACACGGAGAUCCGGGGGGAGAAGGCGCUGAUGGAGCUGACAACUUCGCUCAAGCAUGUGGUGGUGCACUUCUCGAAGGACGAUUUUGCGCGAUGCGGGGUGAUGGAUGGGCACUUGGAGACUCUGGCUGCAAAACAUACCGACACCCGCUUCCUGAAGAUGAAAGUCGAGAAUGCCCCGUUCCUGGUCGUGAAGCUGAAGGUGCAGGUGCUGCCGUGCGUGCUGGCGUUUGCGAACGGCGUCAGUGUUGAUCGGAUAGUGGGAUUUGAGGGCCUGGGCUAUACGGAGGAUACGUUCACGACAAAGGAUCUGGAGGGGAGGUUGUUGGCUGCGGGUGUGUUGGAGAGGGCGAGGGCUGUGGGCGAGGCGAGUGUCAAGUGGGGGGUGAAGGCGUCAAAGAAGAAGGAUACUAGUGAUGAUGAGGAGUGGGAUUGA